AUGUCGUCGGUUUCAUUUCUCGUCGACGAUAAAUCUCCUUUGAUACACUAUGAUUCUACCUGGGCUCCGGGGAACUCUGGGGAUGACCCUUUAGCAGACCAAUACUUCCGCGGGACCUUCCAGACAUCGAACGUAACAUCAAGCGUUGCCACAUUCUCCUUCAAUGGCACGGCCUUCUGGAUAUAUGGUGCUAAAAGAUCGAAUCAUGGUACAUACACCGUGGUGGUUGACGGCGCAACUUUCGCGGGAAACACUGGCCAAUCAAAUGCCAAUUUAUUUCAACAAGUGCUCUUCAACCAGAGUGGCUUGGCACAAGGGUCACAUACGGUAUCGAUUACAAACACUGCCACUGGGAACCUCUACGUUGAUAUCGACAUGGUGGUCUGGCAGACUGAAUUUAGCGGGACCCUGCUAGCAACAGAGAUGGUCGAUGACGCGGACGCCAGAUUUGAGUAUCAGCAGCCAGAGUGGAAUACGAACCCCACCAGUGUAAACCUGUUCAAUAAUGGGACUGGGCACUCCACGAGUGUUAGUGAUGCCAGUGUGACCUUGACAUUCACAGGCACGUCACGUAGCAACGAACACACUUCCGAAUCUGUCAGCAUAUUUGGCACUGUGGGCCCUGGCAACGGUCUGUAUACCGUCUCUCUCGACUCUCAACAACCCACCCAGUACAAUGCCACCGCAUAUUUGACUUUCUAUGAAGUGAUGCUUUAUCAUGCAGACAAUCUCGGCUCUGGUCAACACAAGGUGACCCUCGUCAACCUUCCUGAAACAAACGGACAGACACUCAAUAUAGACUAUGCACUGCUUACAUCAAGUUCCAAUUCCUCUAAUUCAAGCUCCAGUCCGUCAGGAAGUCCAUCUAGCUCCGGCGGUUCGCCAGGAACUUCAAGCGUCAAUGCGGUUUCAACUUCAACAAGUUUAGGUUCCGGGGCUAUUGCAGGCAUUGUCGUGGCUCUCGGUGUGGCUCUCUGUGCAUCGGCAGCUGCGUUCUUCUUUUAUCGGCGAUGGAAAUCGGCACAGGCAGCGUCGCAGGACUUGUAUCGGAUUCGUACGCCCCAACAUCCCCCGGGAAAUGCUAAUAUGGGUGCUUCUUCCUCAGUGGAGACAAGAAGUAAUGCUAGUCUUAUCCACCAAGACACUUUGCCCCGAGGCACUUCAUGGCAGUCAUAUCAACAGGCAGAAUACGAUUAUCAGAGUUCGCCUCGUACUGCAAAUAGACUACAUAUCCCUAGCUCUAGCAUGCCCACGGUAGACGAAGUCGUAGUAAGCUCGACAACACAAUAUCCGGUUGACGAGAUGGGAAGUUCACACCGCCCUCUACCUGAAGCUCCAGGCACUCAGCAAAAUAUAUUCCAGCUGCCAGUGCCCGACGAUUCAAUGGGCAUCUCAAAAACUACGCCAGUGCAGCGACGCGCAUCAAUGCAAAGUGCUUCUGCAACCAUCAGGGACAACCCACCCCCUCCUGAUUACAUUCAAGCGACCAGGUGA